AUGUGUGUUCUUCUGGGUCUUUUAAAAGGUGCAGGCUAUUGUGAGAUGAAACUAAUACAGCGUCUUGUUCGUGGUGUAUGGCUACCAGCAUCUAAUGAAUUUCUCCACCCCACUUUCACAACAAAAAUUUCGUUAAUUGCUGCAAUCGCUUACUAUAGUCAUCACUUGGAGUUCAUCCCACUACCGGAAAACCAAUUAUUCUUGGUCAUAAUGGGCGUAUUCGUUUACCUGAGAAUUACAAUGAUCCUUCUGGGAUUAAAAGAUCCAUUUGUUCCUUUUGAGAAUGCUGUUUGCAAAGUUUUGUUCGGCGGCAUUGUCGAUGCUAUUCGCAGUGCUUUUGAACGUAGUCGCAUUAGAACUGCCGAAUCUGUACCUCCAAAUCUUUCAAAUGUAAGUGGGACCACUACAUCAACGUCAACAGCUAGUAUGGCUGGGAAUGCAAACCUUUCUGCGUCUGGUACGGGCUCAGGACAGACUAAUCCCAGCCUAGCCAACAGUAAUGCAAACAAUGCCAAUUCGCCUGGAAUGCGUGAAGCUAUCAGUCGUCAGACUCCGUCUCCAAGCGAUAAAAAACGUGACUAG